CGGCGCUACCAGAAGUCCACCGAGCUGCUGAUCCGCAAGCUGCCGUUCCAGCGGCUGGUGCGCGAGAUCGCGCAGGACUUCAAGACCGACCUGCGCUUCCAGAGCUCGGCCGUGAUGGCCCUGCAGGAGGCGUGCGAGGCCUACCUGGUGGGGCUCUUCGAGGACACCAACCUGUGUGCCAUCCACGCCAAGCGCGUCACCAUCAUGCCCAAGGACAUCCAGCUGGCGCGCCGCAUCCGUGGGGAGAGGGCGUAAGCUUCCUAGCGUACUCCGUAUACGCUACCCCCAAAGGCUCUUUUCAGAGCCCCUCCAUUGUCCUCAGAAAGAGCUGUUAACCUUGGAGUAUGUUACUACAGUCCUAUGAGAAAGAACUCGGGGAUGUUUCGAGGAAGGUCUUGUGUGCUCAAUAGUAAAUUGAGGACUGGAGAAGGUGGCUAUGUUCAGUAAAACUUUGUUCCACAGGCAGACCCUGCUGAAAAAUGCGCGCAGGAAGGAGCUGUUCCUGGAUAAGCAUUUUUAAAAUGACCCAACCAUUUUAGAAAUUAAACCUUCUAGACUACAGGAAGUGACAAAAAGGACGCCCAAGUUUUAGGAAAGUUGAGCUCAGGUUCCUAUGGAUUAUUGUGUAAAUGGCAAUUACAGUUUAUCUUUGCCAAAUGAUCCCCCCAAUGCUUUUACUUCAAAAACGUGCCUUUUAUUUGCUUUCCUGUGAUGUGAAGGAACAAAACCGGGAUUGCCAACAAGUGGUGUUCUCUUUUCCCCUGUGUCAAUGUAAUGUUUGAGAAGAGUAUGCUCUUGGGCUUUGUGUAUGUGAUUAUGGUGGAAAAUGGGCCAACAAUGACCUGGACACCGACCUGCAGGCUGUCUGUACAAUGAGCUCCCAGUAGCUCUAAAAAUUUGUCCACCUGUUUUAAAAGUGUGCUCCUCAGUCUGAAAUUGGAUUCUCAUUUUUU